GCGCCCUUCGCGUCGCACCAGUCCGUGCCCGGGCACCCGGGGACCAUGGCAGCCGCCGGCCCGCGAGGGUGGCAGUGGGGAGAGCAGCGCUCGCUCGGCCGGGCGGUGAGGCUGCUGCAGCGCCUGGAGGAGCAGUGCGGGGACCCCCGGCUGGCCAUGGGGCCGCCCUCGCUGCAGGACCUGCUGCCCGGCACGGCGCAGCUCCUGCGGGAGGUGGCCAAAGCCCAACGCGACGCCGGCCCCGAGGGUCCCGGGGGUGCCUGGGACUUUCUCCACGUGUACCUGGCCAACCUGGAGGCCAAGGGCAGGCAGGUGGCCGCUUUCCUGCCAGCUCGAGGCAGACGGGGAGUCAACGAAGAGCUCUUCCGGGAGGGCUCCAUGCUCAGGCGGCAGCUGGCCAAGCUGGCCCUCAUCUUCAGCCACAUGCACGCAGAGCUGGGCGCGCUCUUCCCUGGGGGAAGGUACUGCGGGCACAGGUACCAGCUCACCAAGACCGCAGCUCAUGCCUUCUGGAGGGAGCACUGUGGUGCCCGCUGUGUGCUGCCCUGGGCUGAGUUCCAGUCACUGUUGAGCACCUGCCACCCCGUGGAACCUGGGGCCACUGCUCAGGCCCUGCGCUCCACCAUCGACCUCACCUGCAGUGGCCACAUAUCCAUCUUUGAAUUUGACAUCUUCACCAGGCUUUUCCAGCCAUGGCCGACACUGCUCAAGAACUGGCAGCUCCUGGCCAUCAACCACCCAGGCUACAUGGCCUUCCUGACCUAUGAUGAGGUGCAGGUGCGCCUGCAGGCCUGCAGAGACAAGCCAGGCAGCUACAUCUUCCGGCCCAGCUGCACCCGCCUGGGGCAGUGGGCCAUCGGGUACGUGAGCACGGAUGGCAGCAUCCUACAGACCAUCCCUCCCAAUAGACCCCUGUUACAGGUGCUCCUGGAAGGACAAAAGGACGGCAGCUUCUGCUACCCAGAUGGAAAGAACCGCAACCCAGACCUGACGGAGCUCUGCCAGGCAGAACCCCACCAGCGCAUCCACGUGUCAAAGGUGAAAACCAGGAGCCCAGCACUCGGGAGACUGAGGCAAGAGGAUUGCUACAAGUUUGAGCCCAGCCAGGACUACAUAGAGCAGCUGCAGCUCUACUGGGCCAUGGACUCCACCUUCGAGCUGUGCAAGAUCUGCGCCGAGCGGGACAAGGACGUGAAGAUCGAGCCAUGUGGACACCUGCUCUGCAGCCACUGCCUGGCUGCCUGGCAGAACGAGGACAGCCAGAUCUGCCCCUUCUGCCGCUGCGAGAUCAAGGACCGGGAGGCCGUGAGCAUCUAUCAGCUCUCAGGGGACACAGCGGAGGGUGGGGCCACUGCUGUGGACACGGAUGACAGCAGUGACCAAGAGAAUGUGGAGCUGGAGCUGGAGCAGGUGGCCCCCUCUGCUCCCCCUCUGCCCCCUCGGCUAGAUCUGCCCCCCAGGAGGCCCAGAAGCGAAUGCCAGCUGGAGGCAGUGAGUCUGGCGUCACCUGAGGGAAAGGAGCAAGGGGAAACCAGCUUGGAUUGGGGACAAGACCCUGCAUCACUCCUGCCUGGGCCUAUGAAGCCUCACCCAAGACAGCUCACCUGGGACAUUUCUGAAUCUCCUCUCCUCCAGGCACCUCUGGCCCUCCCCCGACUCCGGGGCCCCUUUCCCUUGCCGAGAAUCAGGACUGUGGCCUCAGCCAUGUGGAAUGCCACCUCCAGGGCCCAGGCCACAGAAGGGGCCACAGAGUUGCCCGGAUGUGCUGCUACAGGGGCCCUCAGGGGCUGGAGGGGGUUUGUGAAGCAGAAAUAAAAUGCCAAGCCUGAUCAGACCUCUAGUGUGUGAAGGAAGAGGGCAGCAGCCACCAGGGGGCAGCUUGGCACUGAGAAAGGGUGGUCCCCAAGCCUGGUGACCACAUGAUCACCGCAGUAGACUCAACCCCACACCCCCUCUGCCCACAGCCCCCCACAUGGAGCAGGGGCACCCAGGCUUCUCCUUCAGUCCCAGGACUCCUGGGUCCCAAGUUCUCAGCGAAUCUGGCAACCAGCCCCACCCCAUCAUGCAGACAUUCCUGAGCCCAGAAGCCCAAGUUUGACCUGGUCCAGGGGACCCCACACUUCCUUGCAAGGGAGGCUCCUAUCUAACCACAGUCUUCCCCCCCCAUCCCUCUCUUAUUCCUCCCUUCUUGGUCCUUCUCCCGGGAGCAGCAGUAAUGGCAGCCUAACUCAUGCUAGGAACUGGCUUUCCACCUGGGGACCAUCCUGAGGGCCCCAGGUUCCCUCUGCUUCCCAUUAGAGCACCCCAGACCCUGAACCCCUGCCUGUGCCCAGCCCUGGGCUCUGAAAUGCUGGUGAUACAGGGGGA